AUGAAAGAAACGCUCGAUGAUUCUUCCUCUACAGGUGGUCCCACCUCCGAAUCACUCGAGACUGAAAUUUUUGAGGACCGACUCUCGCAGGUACGUUUGUGUAAUCAGAGUGGCAAAGGGAAGAAAGUCGACCCAUGGAAGAGCAUGAAGUCUGGGAAGAAAUCCGGUGGGAGUUCAGGAUCUAGGGAAAACAUAUACCUCCCACUGGUGCCUUCGAAGGAUCCGAAUUCAGGAUGUGGGUUGAUUUGCACUGGAGAUGGAGCUCCUGGAGAUGAGCUGCUUCCUCCUCCAAUAAGAAGGGAGAAGUCGAUUCACAGACUAGGCAGCGAGACCAACAUUUGCACUGGUUCUUUUGGUAUUGUUCAUUGUGCUGAUUGGAAUGGCUCUGAUGUUGCAGUGACAAUUCUUUUAGAACAAGAUUUUCAUCUAGAGAAUCUCUAUGAAAAAACAAGAAGGAAGGUGAAACGACAGCUGUCUCCUUAUCCAUUUCCAGGCCUUCAUCAAAUUAUAAUAAUAGGAUGCAACAAGCAAUUGGACCUCAAAAAGGAGGAUGAACUUGAGAAGAAGCUAAAGGAGUCCCACAUUUCAGAUGAUAAACAUGUCAUUAUCCCAAAUCACCUUCAUGUUCCUGAAGUCGAAAAACUCGGCUUCUGUUUUGGGAGUUUUGAUGCCAUUUUUGGUUUUAAUAAAACCCCCUCAAACUCAAAUGGUCUUGUGGUUGUGACCAUGAGUGAAAAGAUGUCUGAAGCAUCUGAGGAGGCUGAUGAAACUAUAGAGGAUCAAAUGCAAUCCAGAAAUGAAAAUGCUGAUGGAGAGGAGGAUCAUCUUGAACAACCUACCACAUCUUCAUCUAAUGUACCCAAGAAUUUACCAACAGAAGGUGACAUGUCAUUGAAUGUGGGACCCGAGUGCAGAGAGUCGAAGCAAGAGACUUCUUCUUCUUCUUCUUCUUCUUCUUCUUCUUCAUCUACUUCUUCUUCUUCUUCUUCUUCUUCACUCCCUACUCCAAGUCAUCAAUACCCAGCUGUUCAUUCAUCACCAAAUCGAAACUUCAGUUUUGGGUUCAUGCCACCAAUGAUUGGAAGCCAAGUUACAUCUUUUGAAAACACCAAGUCUCAGGCACACGAUGCUUCUCAUGUCCCAAGCUUUGUAGUUCAGCAACUGUUUGAUCUAGCAAGCUAUUAUGCUCACUUUUAUCGUGAGAGUGAUGGGAGCAUGUCACCUUUCCACUCAACCACAAAGUACAAUUGA